AACAAACGGAAUAUUUUCAUUGGUCCGUCGGUCUUAUGUUGUGCUUAUGUUAUGUUAUGCAUUUCAUGUGCGAGGCCCUUUACGAGUGAAUUUUUGAAUGUGAGGUUAUAUUUAUAAUGUCAGUUAAAUGCAGCUAACAUUAAAAUAGGAUUCGCGAUGUCUUUAUACGAUGAUUUUGAUAAGCAUCGUACCACAGAGAAGGUUGCGGGAUGGUCUUCUGGUAUUAAAUUAUUGCAAUCGCAACUGCAACUGAAAAAGGCCGCAACAACACAGCCUAAACGUGAACAAUACAGAAAGGCUACUGCAGUAUUAGCGCCGGUGAUAGACUUGAAAUCAAAAGCCAACCGCGAUGUCGACAGAGAAGAUGACAAUGCUCACAACAAUCCACUGACUAGUGGCAGUGUCGGUAGCAUAGGAGUUGGUGGCGAAUUUGACUGGAAUGUAGUGAAUGAAUAUGAUCCUAUGUGGCCCAAUGAAUACGAGAAGGUUGUAAAAGAAUUACGUGAUAUCAGGGACAGAGAACAUGAUCAGGAGACGGAAAUGCGCAAACGUAGGAGGGAUAGUACUCGCUUUGAAGAUACUCAGACUGCUGGUGGAAACAGUACAAUGAUCCCUCCUGAAAGAGACGAGGAAAGAACACCGACUUCGAGAGGUAUAGUAGGAGGUGCAGCUAUAGCACCGCCACCAUCGUUACAAGAAUCCACGGAAUUGCCACCUCCACCAUCGCGGCAGCCGUCUAAUCUCGGCUAUUCAACGUCGUCCGUGGCAGCAAAGAUAAUGGCAAAGUACGGUUUUAAAGAAGGACAGGGUCUUGGCAAGAAGGAACAGGGCAUGUCGGUUGCAUUGCAAGUGGAGAAAACUAGUAAACGUGGUGGUAGAAUAGUUGGCGAGAGGGAACAGUUGAUGCCUCCACCACCACCACUUACUGCAUCUCCACCGCAGAUGCAAUUACAAGUACUAUCACAAUCACAACAACCCCAGGAAGAACCAAGCAUUACAGAGAUAAUGAAAUGUCCAAGCAAAGUUGUUCUUUUGCGCAACAUGGUUGGCCCUGGAGAAGUUGACGACGAUCUUGAACCAGAAGUGAAGGAUGAAUGCAACACCAAAUAUGGCGAUGUUGCGCGUGUUAUUAUUCACGAAGUAAUAGAAGCUACUCCAGAGGAAGCAGUACGAAUAUUUGUUGAAUUCAAAAGAAUAGAAAGUGCUAUUAAAGCUGUGGUUGAUUUGAAUGGACGUUUCUUCGGUGGCAGACAAGUUAAAGCAGGAUUCUAUUCUAGUGAGAAACUUGAUAACUUACAAUUGAUGGAUUAAUUUUAUGUUUCAAAAAAAGAAUUUCAAACUUCAAUGUUUCUUUGAAAAUUGUAUAAAAUAUUUUAUUAUUUUUCCAUUAUGUAAUAUUGACAAAUCCAGUAGAAAAAAUAAUUUUUUUCCAAAUAUGACAAAGAAUUUAUUUUUUCAAUAUUUACAAUUAUAAAUUAUAUGAGAUAUAUACUUGUUUUGAUAAUCUAUUUCGAUGAUGU